AUGGUUGUCUGCAAAUACUUCCUGAAUGGAAAUUGCAAAUUUGGCAGUAAUUGUAGAAAUGAGCAUCCCGGUGCGGGAUUUGCAGGUCAAAACAGAUAUGGUGCGUUAGGCGGUAGUGGCCCCUCUCGCUUCGGAGGAGGUGGGAGCAGCGGAGCUCGCCAAGACAGCUGGCGUAUCAGCCUUGAAGAUGUGAGGAGUGACUUGACGGACGGAAAAGGUCGGCCGAAAUGGAUCCUUACUGCAUAUGGUCCGGGAAGAUCACCACCGGCUUCGCUUCUCGAUUCCAACGAGCUGAGUCCCGAGGAAGUCCGCGUGCGCUUCUAUGAACUGGCUAGCCAGGGCAAAGAAGCCGUUGCGGAUCAAGAAGCAGGGGCGUUGUGGAACAAGGCUGCCCAAGACAUGGGCCAGAUCCUCAGCAACGUCGAGAAUGUCAGCCGAUUUAUGGAGGAGGCGGACAAAAAGCACCCUAAUAGGAAUGACUUUGUGAACAUGGACGGGACAAAAUCUCGCGAUCAGUUUGUUCAGGAAUUCCCCAGUACAGCCUCAGGAACCACCUCAAGUACAGGCUUUGGGGGAUCGUCUACGCCAAACGCUUUUGCGAAGCCUGCGGCGUCGACCUUUGGUCAACCAUCUCAGCCGUCCUUAUUUGGUGGUGGUGCGGCCUCCAAACCAGCUUUUGGCCAGAAUGGGUUUGGGAGUGGUGGGGGACAAAAUGCUACAAGUCCGUUCGGACAAGCAUCGUCCACCAGGUCGUUUGGAAAGCCGGCAUUCGGAAGCUCUGGAUUCGGUCAGUCGAGCUUUGGGCAACCUUCCCAGCCGACAUCUACAUUUGGGCAACCUUCCCAGCCGACAUCAACAUUCGGACAACCUUCACAACCGACAUCCACAUUUGGGCAACCUUCUCAGCCGACAUCAACCUUCGGUCAACCUUCUCAGCCAACAUCAACAUUCGGUCAACCUUCUCAGCCAACGUCAACAUUUGGCCAGCCUUCACAACCGACGUCCACAUUCGGACAGCCUUCGCAACCGACAUCCUCCUUUGGUCAACCGGCCUUUGAGUCGACUGGCCUUGGGGCAAAUGCGUCGUAUAAUCCAUUCGCACCGGCUUCGGCAGCAUCUGGCUUUGGCCAGGCUGGUUCGACGUUCGGUCAGCCAUCCCAGCCUACCUCGACUUUUGGGCAACCAAGCCAGCCUUCAGCGACCUUUGGUCAACCAUCUCAGCCAAGUUCUACAUUCGGUCAGUCAUCGACAUCCGCACAGACUGCGUUCGGCCAGUCACCAUCCCCCGCGGUCGGCCAACCGACCCAGCCUACAUCCACCUUUGGCCAGCCUUCCCAGCCGACCACCUCACCUUUCGGCCAAGCCGCAACUGCCUCGUCUCCGUUUGGGCAACCUUCAUUCGGCAGCAGCACUACCCCAGCCUUCGGUCAAACAAGUGCUCCGACCAACCCGUUCGGGGCCAGUCCGGCAGAACAGCAGCCCAAUGACCAGGCAAUGGAAACAGCAACACCGGCCGCAUCCCGACCAGCUUCGCGGGCAAAUCCAUUUGGAGCGUCCUCCACUCCGACGGUUCAAACCCAGCCAGCACAGCCAACUCCAGCAUCCACACAGCCUGCCGUUACGAAGCCAAUUGUGAACACCUCCACAACACCCCAUCCGCUUACUGGACGACCGCCGCAUGCGACGCACUAUACGCAAACCCUUCCACUACAGCCCACGCAGAAGAGCACUUCCGGCCAAGUGACUGCCUACCGUGGCCAAAGAGUGGAGUACAUUGACGGCAUCCUAUGCUACCGAAGGCCUGACGGUAAAGGCUUCGAAAAGAUCUGGUUCCCAGAUGCAGGAGCAACUCCUGAAGUUGUCGCGCUGAACAGGGAGGACAAGAUACACGAUACUCAGGGAUCAGCGGAGCAAUAUACAGACGAAAUCGUGAAUAAGUUUAAGUACUUAUUCGAGGAGGGACGGUUUCAAGACGGCAAGUUACCAUUGGUGCCGCCGUUGAGGGACUGGAGUGUGUAUGAUUUCUGA